CCUCUCUUUCUCCACUCUCUCCUAUUUGAACGUCUUGAAGAUUGAGUGCCUCCUGAAGAGGAGUUUGAUAGUCCCUGCACAACCAGUGUCUUGAGUCCGACCACCAAGCAACCAACAACCAGGAGAAGCAGCAGACAACACGAACGAGCCUGGAGCCAGAGAGAUAUGACGUGACCUGGAUACCUUCAGACACACUUGAUACCAAACAUCAGGCCUGAAGUAGAACCACACAGAUCCAAGUCCACGAUCCUUGAUUUUUCCAUAUCCAGUGCUCUCCUCCGCCCAUCUUGAACACUUCAAGAUGAAGGCUCUCUUCAUAGUGAGUCUGGCUAUCAUUGGCAUGGUAUGCGGCGAUGACCAUGCGCCAAGCUAUGGAGCCCCAGCUAGCCAACAACAAGCCCCACAAGUCCAAUAUGGAGGUCCAAUUGUUUACUCGGGAGAAAAACCACCCAUCAUUCAUUUUCCAGCCCCCCCAUCCAAGUCUGAUGCAGGAUACAGCUCUGGUGGUGGCAAAGGGGGAAGUCACCAAUCAGUCAAGUAUGUUCCUCUGCCUCAUCACGAUUUGCCAGUUCUGAUCUAUCAAUCUGUGGACAAGCCACCCAUUCACGUGGUUCAUACACCUGCACCGCCCGUCAAGAGCCAAAGUUAUGAACCACCCAAAAAGCAGGUUUAUCAGAACGACAAGCCAGCCAGCUACAAGCAACCACAACAAAACUAUGGCCCACCUCAGAAAAAGCCCUCAUACACUCCAUCUAAGCCAUCUCAUGGGCCUCACCAAGAUAAACCUUCUCAUGGGGCACCCGGCAAAAAACCAACUUACAGUGCUCCAGAGAAGAAACCAUCAUAUGGCGCCCCUCAAAAAAAGCCUUCCUAUAAUGGGCCUCAACAAAAACCACAUGGUACGUCAGAACACAAACCGUCUUAUGGAGCCCCUCAAAAGAAGCCUUCUUAUGGAGGCCCUCAAAAGAAGCCAUCUUAUGGAGCCCCUCAAAGCAAGCCUUCCUAUGGCGCCCCUCAUAAGAAGCCUUCAUAUGGAGCCCCACAGCAGAAGCCUUCCUACGGAGCCCCACAACAAAAGCCUUCAUAUGGUGCCCCUUCUAAGCCUUCAUAUUCUGCACCAAUCAAACAAACCUACAGCUCUUCCUCUGGAUCCACAUAUGGCGCUCCCGAAAAGAAGCCUUCCUAUGGAGCUCCACAAAAGAAGCCUUCCUAUGGAGCUCCCCAAAAGAAACCGUCUUAUGGAGCUCCUCAAAAGAAGCCUUCAUAUGGAGCUCCCCAACAAAAACCCUCUUAUGGAGCUCCCCAAAAGAAACCCUCUUAUGGAGCUCCCCAAAAGAAACCCUCUUAUGGAGCUCCCCAACAACAAUCCUCUUAUGGAGCCCCACAGCAAAAACCAUCAUAUGGUGCACCUCAACAGAAGCCAUCCUAUGGAGCACCCCAAAAGAAACCUUCCUAUGGAGGACCCCAACAAAAGCCAUCAUACCGAGCGCCCCAACAGAAGCCAUCGUAUGGAGCACCGCAAAAGAAGCCUGGAUAUAGAGCACCACAGAAGCAACAAAGUUAUGGACCACCCAAGUCCAAUUAUGGACCACCCAAGCCCAGUUAUUCCCCCCAAAAGCCAGGCUAUGGAGCUCCGCAGAAACCCUCAAAUAGUGGCCCAAGCAAGCCGUCUUACAAAGCUCCCUCCAAGCCCACUUAUAAUGCUCCUAGCAAGCCCUCUUACAAUUCUGAAGUGGACCACUCUCCGGUGAAAGAUUCUUAUAGUGCACCAUCCAACCCAGAGCCAUCCUAUGUUGCUCCCCAGCCUCCAAAGCAAUCGUACUCUGCUGAUGCGCCCAAACCAGUAUACAUCAAGGCUCCACCAGCUCCUGCUCCGGUUUAUGUUAACCCACCUAAUCCAGUUUAUGUUACAAGCCCAUCAAAGAAACCGGCCUACAAACCUCCUACAGCUGAAAAACCAUCGUACACAGGUUCCGCAAAACCCUCUUAUAAUGCCCCAUCAAAGCCUUCUUAUGGUACUCCCUCAAAGCCUUCAAAUGGGGCUCCUGCAAAACCCUCUUAUGGAGCACCAUCUAAACCCUCAUAUGGAGCACCAUCUAAGCCCUCAUAUAAUGCACCUUCCAAGCCUUCCUACGGAGCCCCACAACAGAAGCCUUCCUAUGGAGCCCCACAACAAAAGCCGUCCUAUGGAGCCCCACAACAAAAGCCUUCCUAUGGAGCCCCACAAAAGAAGCCGUCUUAUGGAGCCCCACAACAGAAGCCUUCUUAUGGAGCUCCACAACAGAAGCCCUCGUAUAAUGCACCUUCAAAGCCUUCUUAUGGAGCCCCACAAAAGAAACCUUCUUAUGGUGCCCCACAAAAGAAACCUUCUUACGGAGCCCCACAACAGAAACCUUCCUACGGUGCCCCUCAACAAAAGCCUUCGUAUGGAGCUCCUUCUAAGCCAUCCUACUCUGCACCAGUCAAACAAACUUAUAGCUCUUCCUCUGGAUCUACCUAUGGCGUCCCCAAACAAAAGCCCUCUUAUGGAGCCCCUCAACGGAAACCGUCGUAUGGAGCUCCCCAAAAGAAACCGUCUUAUGGAGCCCCACAAAACAAACCAUCAUAUGGUGCACCCUCCAAGCCUUCUUACAAGACUCCAGAGAAGAAACCAUCUUAUGCUCCUCCAAAGCCAACAUACAAGCCUACACCAACAUACAAGCCUGAGCCAAAGCCCCAAUACAAUCCGGCCCCUAGUCCAGCUGCUGCUCCUGCUCCACAUAUCAUUUAUGCUGGUCACCCACCAAUUCAUAUUUAUCAACAACCCCCAAUCACAAUUCAAGAAAGCAAGCCAAGUUACUCCGCUCCUGAGAAAUCAAAGCCCAGCUACAGUGCACCCCAAUCAAGCAGCUCGUCGUAUGGCGCACCAAAACAGAACUACCAAGCCCAGUCUUCAUCAGGAUAUGGCGGCCCACCAAAAACAUCGUCAGGGUAUGGACCUCCGCAAAAGCAAAACUAUGGCCCCCCUAAGCAAUCUUACAGAGCUUCCAAGCCAUCCCAUGGACAUUCUCGACAAUCAUAUGGCCCUCCAAGAGGUCAAUCUCGUCCUGGCAACCAACCUGUCUAUGUUCCAGCACCUGCAGCGUAUCACAAGCCUCCAAUCAUCAUCUACCAAGGUGUUGCUCCUCCCGUCCAUGUUUAUGAGAAACCUGGUGGCGUAAGUGCUUCUUAUGGAGCACAAGCAAAAAAUGACGACGACGAUGCCAUCCAACUUGUUUCCACUGAAGACAAAAACGACUCGGUUGAUGACGCCCAAUCAAAGUCGGACGAUACCAACGACCUCUCUUCAAGUGCUUCUGAAGAAAAACCAACUUGGACUGUGAAGACCGUGAAGGUGACCACCAACAACAGUGCAGAUCAGCCCCUUCGUGUUGAUGUCAGUGGUCCAAGAUCUAAAAUGUUCUCGCAUGUUGACGACGCCAAUGCCGCUCCAGAUGCCUCUUCCUCAUCGGCCGUGGUCAGUGCCAGUGUAUCAGUCUCCGCAUCAGAUUCCUCCCAAGAGGAGAAACUCACCCGUAAGGGCACCGUCGAGGACAUUAAGAACAACUAGAGUCUCAACCCUCAUGCUAUUAGUUUGAAGCUCCUUUUGUCAAAUGCAAUUCUUUUUCUUGUGGCCCCGAAAUAAUGGGGAGUCGUAGAUGAUCGCAAAUCCAACCCCACUCGUCCUAAUCCUUAGAACAGAGUCGGUUGGUCCACUGAUACAAUUGCUCACAUGUGUGACUGCCCACCGAAGAAGACACUAUUUUCCAAACCCCGUCUGUGAAUGAGAAAUAGCAAUCCAAAAGCAAAAGAAAAAAGUUGUUGACGUCGCUCUGUGAGUGGCAGUGAUGCCAUUGACAAUAAAAGCAACGCCUAGAAAGAGUGAUCAAGCCAAAAUGAAGAGUGAACUUGAGCAUAUGAGAAUAGAACAGAUCUCAUUGAUUGUGGAGACCAGAUUAUGUUGUGUGAUAUUCGGAAGCCAGAGGCUUCUGUGUGGUUCCGAGACACCCGCUCGUUUAGUGUGUUUCACUGACUGUGUGUAUAACCGAUUGGCUGACUAGAUGAAUCAAAUCAGCAUCACUUUUUACGUGAAAGUUGGGCACAAGUUUAAAUGGAUAGCUGUGAUUUUUAAAGAGAAAAUGCCUUGAUGAUUAGACGCCAUGUUUUUCCAAUUCCUUUCCUUCUAACUGCAAUCUUUUUCUUCCUUGACGAAGAUACGGAUGAGUAUUUCUAGCGAAUCAAUUGUUUAUACAUUAAUUUCAACGAAGAAAGUUGUCAAUCAACCCUGUUUGUUUUAGAGGUUCGCCUCUAAAUUUGCACCGUAUGGCCAAUGGUCAGUCCUGUUCUAAUGUUAUGUUCACUUCCUGUAUCUGCUUUUGAAAUGACGACUUCGAAAAAUAAAUUCCAAUACUAAUUAAA